AUGGAGGGAGUGGGGUCCAGAUUGGGCCGGGCCUCCUCGAGGUACGGCCAAACCGCCACCGUCUUCAGCGGCCCAGUUCGCAGGUGGAAGAAGAAGUGGGUCCACGUGCCCUCAUCAUCCUCCGUUACUUACCAGAACCCUCACUCCCAAUCCAACGGCAACAACAACAGCUCCCGCCUCCUCCUCCGCCGCUGGACCCCAAUCUCUCCGGCCACCGCCGCCGCAGAACCCCUCUCCGGCUCCGGCGCCUCGACGGAGGAGCCGCCGCGCCGGAAGUUCCGCUACACGCCCGUUGCUGUGCUAGAGGAACAGAAGAAGACAGCCAAGGGAAAGGUUGGAGAUGUGGUGAAAGCUAGUGAGGGAGGCCAAUCUAUAGCCAUGAGUACUAAGAUGCAUGAAAAUUCAGACAUUGAUCAAGUUAUGGAGGAACAAGCUGAGGAAUUGGAUGAGAACCAUUCUGGCUUGCAGGAUUCAAAUGGAAGCCAUCUGGAUUUAGAUUUGGGGUUGAAAGGUCACAGUGCCAACCGUGAUUCCGUUAGCCAGAUUGAAGAUGCUCAGAUGAAAAAAGCAAGCCCGGGUAGAUUUUGGUUGGGUUGA